CUUCAUCUUCCUUUCAGUAUCUCACCACCUACCGACAUCGAAUAAUAUUGGAGAAUGUCAGGCCUCGACGCGCUCCUCCAUCGACCGGAGCAGGAGUCCUUCUGGAGCCGCCUUCGCAGAUCACCAGCAAAAGUGUUGGCAGAGUACAUCUACACUUCUCGCGCAGUAUCCCAAUCACCAGCAAGUAAUUCUAUUCCUAUCCAGGUAGUCUGCAUCUCCGACACCCAUAAUACAAAACCCAACCUUCCAGAUGGCGACAUCCUCAUCCAUGCCGGCGAUCUCACACAAUCCGGAUCGCGUCUUGAACUAGAAGAGCAAAUCGAGUGGCUAAAUGCCCAGCCGCAUCGAUACAAGGUGGUAAUUGCCGGGAAUCAUGAGCUUUGUCUUGACUCGCAGCUUCAAUCGUCGCGAACCGGGACAUCAUCCGGGGGAGAUGCUCCAGACACUGACAGCGCAGCCAUCGAUUGGAAAUCACUAGUCUACCUCGAAAACACAUCGACGGUCCUGAAUCUCGGCAAUGGAAGAAAUAUUAAGGUUUUCGGUUCACCCUGCACACCAAAGCACGGAAACUGGGCCUUCCAAUACCCACGAUCCAACGCCGCCAUAUGGGAUGAGAUUAGCAUCCCCGAUGAUACUGAUAUCCUGAUAACGCAUGGUCCGCCAAAGGCACAUCUCGAUCUCGGUCAUUUCGGCUGUCUACUCCUGCGCCGGACAUUAUGGGGAAUGAAGCAGAGACCCUUGCUACAUGUAUUCGGGCAUAUUCAUGGGGGAUACGGGAAAGAGGUGGUUCUUUGGGACUCUUUUCAGAGGGCUUAUGAGACUGUGAUGGAUGGAGAGUCGAGAGGGGUCGGUUUAAUGUCUCUUGUGUAUUCCUGGAUGAUGGGAUGGCUUACUGGAUGGGGGACUAAAAACGAACAAGCGACAGUCAUGGUUAAUGCUGCAGCAGUAGGUGGAGUUCGUGAUGAGAAGAGGAGAGAUGCCGUCUGCGUUGAUAUUUGACGGGUUAAUGCCUUGAAAAACAGACUACAUACCCUGAUACUCAACUAAAGCUUCAGUUCAUACUCAGACAGAACCCUGACCCAAUCUUACUUAUUGGAGCAUUGAUACAACCACUAUAUAUAUCAAACGUCUUGGCAUUCCAUUCUUUGGUGGAUUGCGUUUGAGGCAACCCUCCAGCAAUUCAAUUUGAAGACACAUGAAUAUAUUAAACACAAAAAA